UUUUCUCUAAAUCCACUACUCACCGGUCCCUUCAAAGAGACCUAGGUUUGGUGGUUGGGCUCUCCCUAAUCGGACUCCAUGACGACGGUGGAGGGUAUCGGUGGCGGCGAUCCGAAGCGGCGAGUAUGCUUUUCCUUGGCGGCCUACGCCAAGGCGGUGAUCGACCACCUCCGGGCGUCGGGCGUCGCGGUCGAUGGUGGGCUGGACGAUUUCGAGUUCGCUGCGAUCGAGGAGACGUACGGCUUUGCUUUUCCCCCCGAUCUCCGAUUAAUUCUCCGGGAGGGGCUCCCCAUCGGGAGCGGCUUCCCGAACUGGCGCUCCGCCUCGCCGCAGCAGCUCGAAAUCCUCCUCCGCCUGCCCGUCUCCGGCCUCAUCCACGAUGUCUCCCGCAAGGGCUUCUGGUGUGCCGCCUGGGGAUCCAAGCCCAUCGUCGUCGGGGAUGAGUCGGCGGCAGCGGCGAGGGGAAUCUUGGAGAGGGCCCCGGCCCUCGUCCCGAUUUAUCGGCAUUUUUACAUCCCGUCGGUCCCUAAUCUCACCGGGAACCCGGUGUUUUAUGUUCGGGGCUGCGAUGUGCGGUGCGCCGGGUUCGACCUCGCCGAUUUUUUCCAGCGCGAAGAGGGCCACUUCCGGCGCGGAGGAAAAGCGCCGCCGGCGCCGGCGUGGGCAGCGAAGGAGGCGAGGUGGGUGGAGGUCUGGACGGAGCUGGCAGCGGAGAGGGACACGUGGCGGGGAGGGGAGAUACUGGAGGGAUGGAUAGGGGAGAUGGGGUGGCUGCUGAGGGAAGCGGGUUGGGGGGAGGAGGAGGUGAGGGAGAUGCUGAUGAUGGGAUCAGACGGCAAGGGGGACGGGGGAAGGGGGGAUCGGACGGUGGUGAGGGACCGGGAAGGCCUGAUCCGGCAUCUGCGGCUGCUAUCGCUGGCGCUCCUCCAGGGCGGGUGGAGCGUGGAAGACGUGGCCAACGUGAUGGGGUGACGAUGACCGCCGGAAGGUGACGUGUUCGAUGGACGAGAUUUCCAUGCAGUAAUAAUUAAAUAAUUCCGACGAUUUUUUCAAAAAUAAUUUCUUCAUAAUAUAUUAAUAUUCUGUACAUUAAAAAAAAGAAAUUGAGGCAAACGGAGCAUUUAUUUAGCUCGUAAGGAAUAUAUUUUUUGUUAUUGAUUUUUUUAGUAUCCUUUAAUUGAUUUCAAGGAAAUAAAAUUGCUUAUGGCCGCUGUGCCACAGUGCCACCACUGAAAAUAGGACAAAACAUGAAAACACAGGGGAACUGGCUGCUGGUCUUGAUCACUCUCAAGAGAUUGAUGGAGAGAUUAACGGUGAUGAUGGAAGAGGCUUGGUCCCUGAUGCGUUUUGUGAGUUAUUUUUUGGUUUGCCCGCGUUUGUUUCUGACUUUGAUCUCAAAUCAAAAAAUGUUAUUGUGAAACUGUAGACGCGCUUAACCUUUCCUUUUUAGGAGAAAUUUUAAGUUACGCAAUCAUGAGAUUUGUACAUUAUUGUUAUUGGAAACUCGGCUUUCAUGUCAAAGCCUAUCUCGUU